AUGGCGGCCGCAGAGGGGGCGGUGAUCGCGUGCCACACCAAGGAUGAGUUCGACGCCCAGAUGGCCAAGGCCUACGAGGCCGGCAAGCUGGUGAUCAUCGACUUCAUGACCUCCUGGUGCCAUGGUUGCCAAGAGAUAGCCCCGGUGUACGCGGAGUACGCCAAGAAGUACCCUGCCGCUGUCUUCCUCAAGGUUAAUACUGAGGAACUGGAGGAAGUUGCUAAGAAGUACAACAUCCAUAGCUACCCGACCUUCUUCUUCAUCAGGAACGGCGGGACGCUCGAGAGCUUUGUUGGUGCCGAUCCGGAGAAGCUCGAGGACACCAUCAAGAAGUACUACGUCGUCGGAGCUAGCUCCUGCCUCGGCGUCCGCCUAAGGAGAUAG